CCUUCCCCGAGCGGUGAGGAGGCUGUUGCUAGGAAACCGCCGAGGCCUGCGGCGCGCGCGGAGCAUGGCGAAGCUGGCCGCCAAGUGCCUGCUGGCCGGUGACCCAGCAGUGGGAAAGAGUGCCUUGGCCCAGAUGUUCUGCAACGAUGGAUCUCACUUCCAGAAGAAUUACACGCUGACAACGGGCGUGGAGAUAUUGGUGAAGAAUGUAGCUAUUCCGGAGACAAACAAUAUCGUGGAACUCUUCAUUUUUGAUUCAGCAGGCAAGGAAUUAUUUUCCGAGGUGCUGGAGAAACUGUGGGAGCAUCCCAAUGUUCUUUGUGUUGUGUAUGAUGUGACCAGUGAACAGUCUUUCAACAACUGUGCCAAAUGGUUGGAAAAGCUGAGGGCACAGGCACUUGGAAUGAACCUUCCAGGUGUGUUGGUAGGGAAUAAAACAGACCUUAUUGGUCGUCGAGUUGUGGAACAGAAACAGGCACAGGAGUGGGCUCAGAACCAUGGCUUGGAAUACUGUGAGACGUCAGUGAAGGAGAUGGAAAACUUUGAAGCCCCUUUCCACAUCCUGGCAAACUCAUUCCAUCGACUAUACCAAGAGAAGGUGGAAAGCUUUCACUCACUAGUGUGAGGUCUUUGCAUAUAACAACUUGCUUAGCCCCUAUGGGGCCUCUUCGAACAGAAGAAACCCUGGUUGCACAGAAUCCCACAGACUGAAAAACAGGAGAAAAUUUUUUUUUUUCUUGUGAUGAUCUGAUGAUUCAAGUUAAACCAAAAAUAAACAUGUGGAACGGCAGCUUUUCCAGGGAUUCUUUUCUCAGGUUU